AUUAAACUUCUUUAAGCAGCUCGAGUAAGCGGAGGAGUAACGCGCGCGCGGAAUACCGGGGACCGGCGCACGUGCCUUCAGACACCGGGGAGCGGCGGAAUAGCGGAGGAAAGCGGCUUCACCUGUGGUUUCUGUCCAGACCAGUGGUGCUUCUGUCUCUCAUCACGAUGAACAUAGGCUUCAGCAGGAGGAAAGAUAAACCCAGCAUGCACAGCCCCGAGGCUCUGGUGAAGCAUUACGUAGCCUACAGCGCUAAGUUUUUGGGAAUCACACCAGUCGAUCAGCCAAAAGGCACGGAUGUUGUUCGGGUGGCUGUGAGAAAACUGAAGUUUCAAAGGCAUAUCAAAAAGUCAGAGGGGGAGAAAAUUCCCAAGGUUGAGCUACAAAUCUCCAUAUACGGGGUCAGAAUAUUGGAUCCAAAAACAAAGGAUGUGCAGCACAACUGCCAGCUGCACAGAAUGUCCUUCUGUGCCGACGAUAAAACAGACAAACGGAUCUUUGCCUACAUCUGCACCGAGCCCGACACCAAGAGGCACCUGUGCUACGUGUUCGACAGUGAGAAAUGUGCAGAAGAGAUCACCAUCGCCAUUGGCCAGGCGUUUGACCUGGCAUAUAAAAUGUUCCUGCAGUCCGGGGGGAAAGAUGUGGAGUCAAGAAAACAGAUAGGAAACUUACAAAAAAGGAUUCAGGAUUUGGAAAUGGAAAAUUCAAAGCUCAAAAAACAGCUUCAGCAUCUGGAGGAUCAGCUGAUCAGCGCACAUUCGUCACCACUGUUGCACGUUAACUCCUCGACGGGGGCCUGCGUGUUGUCCUCUGCUCUGUCCUGCUGUACUGAUGACGUCUCCUCACUGUCCUCUCUAGAGAUUUCCUCUGUUAGACUAACGCCUCUCAGUUCACCCGAUUCCAGCCAAUCGGCAGGCCUGCUGACCCCGCCUCCCGCUAAACCCACCCACUUUCUGCCAUCCAAUGGCUUCAUGGUUCCACGACCUCGUGUAAAUGCUGGUAGCAUCCCGGUGAAAGCCACCACGACAGACGUAUUCGACAUGGUACCCUUUACACCUGGAUCUUCCACGUCGAGGAUACAGACGUGUAACGGGAGUCAGAAUUUCCCCUCACCGCCUCCCGUAGUCAGAGGUACAGAUCUGUUCGGAGCCGUGCCCUUUGACCCCUUCACCUGCGGCCUUGUGGACUACCCUCCAGACAUCCAGUCCAAACUGGAUGAGAUGCAGGAGGGGUUCAAAAUGGGUCUGACUCUAGAGGGCGGCAUUUUCUCCCUGGAUCAAGUGGACAGUCGAUGCUGAAAUCAGACAUCAUUGCUUUUGAACAGAAUGAUAGAGAAGUAUUUCUGAUUAUAAGGGAUGAAAAUUUAACAGACCGUGAACAAGUUGUACGGAUUCUUUCUAUUUUUAUAUUGUAAAAAGUGCAUCUGUAGAGACUGUACGUCAUUUUAAUGGUCAAUCUGAAAGUCACACACACACACACACACACAGUGUCAAUUCCUGCUGAAAAACACGGCUGUCGUAUUUUUGUAGCUGUAUAAAUGUUUUUUUUUUUUUUUUUUUUUUAAGAUGGAUUUUCCCCUCAUAUUUUUCCUCAGUAAUGUUUGCAUUUCCUUACACAUACAAACACGUCCUCCAUUUCCACCGUGUAUCCUGCAUUUAUGUAGAACAUCUAAUAUUUGCUUUAUGACUAUUUAAUAAUAUUGCAUUUGGUAAAUAAAGGACAACUCAUUUAACAUUACAGCUGUUUUCCUCCUAAAGCAUUAAAAAAUUACACUCCUUCA